AUGUCUGAAUUGGCAAAAAAGCUGUCAACUUUGAACCUACCCAUUUUCCCAAGAGAGAAAGUGAAGAUGAAAGCUGAAACACUACCUCGUCCUCAUAAGAAGCAUGAGAUUGCGAGAGCACUGCUGGCUUCUCAUCAUGAUAUAUCCAUAUGGUUGUCUUAUAAACUUCCUUCUGCUUGUAACUGGAAAAUCACCCAAUGGGUUGCCAUUGGCGUACUUGUUCUAGAGGCCAUUACUAUAGCGUUGGUUUUGUACUUGAGAUCUGUGGGCAGAGUUUCAAAUCACUCCGCUUACCAGAGAACCAUUACUUAUCCUGAUGUAAUGAGGCGAAAUUCUGAGAAGAGGAGGAACCCGGCUGGUGCUGCACCCCCAGCCACUGCCGCAACCCCAGGUACCGGAAAACAGGAGGCAAAAGUCAUACCUUCUGGUAAAGCACUCAAGAGCGGGCCCAAGAUGCAAAAUCCCAGUAUCGUCAACGGUGCAACCAGGAAGGCAGGCACUUUCAGAAGUAGGGAAAAAGAAAACAAGCAUGGGAUUGCCCCGUCAAUCUUAUACAAUCUUAUUACUAAAACUUUUGACAAGAUCCAAUGCCCCUAUCGAACAGCUUCCUUAUCUUCCAUAUGUGGAAAAGCAUGA